UACAAACAUACAUCCGAAAAUCAACAAGCAACUCGAAUAUAAACAUAAAAUGACUACAUCCAAACAACUUUUCGUGGUCGCUUUGCUUCUAGCAACCUGUCUUUUCGCUUUAUCUGACGCAGUACCCCAUCCAAUUCCUGAACCCGAACCAUUCUUUGACAACGGUAAAUACACCAUCAAACACAAUGGACAACUCUAUCAAUGCUCUUGCCCGGGUAUGAGUGGUUUCAUUCCUACGUGUUGUAAAGCGUAA